GGCCCGGUGAAGGCCUCUCCUCUGCUCCCGCCGCGGCCGCCGCGGCCGCCGCCGCCGCCGAGCUUGCAGCCCGGGUCCUUCCGCAGCCAGGGCUCAGGCUAGCUGCCUUCCCUGGGCGCCCUGUCCUGGAGCCAUGGGGCCCACCUAGCCCCUGCCUGCCCGGAUGUCCCGGCCCCGGGACGGCUGAUCUCGGCUGCAGGGGGACACCCCCCAACGCCCCCUCGCCAGCCUCAGCAGCCAGAGACCCUGGGUGAGCCCCUGGGCCCGACCUCCAGCCCAGGGCAGUCUCCCACACCCCCCUGCCCCUGUUCCUCUCCUCCUCCCCCGCUCCCUCCUCCUCCUCCUCGGACUGGACCUGAGAAGCCACUGUGGCCACUGGGGGGGGCCCUUCCCCCCAAGCUCUUGCCAGCCUCCCCCAGGAGUCCACAGGGCGUCCAGGGUCCCCACCAGGCCUGGCGGGACCAGGAUGCUGCCCCCUCUCCUCCCCCCCGGCCGCACCCAACUCCCCCACCCACCCGAACACCCAGUCUGACUGGAGACAGCCGGAUGCCGGCUGACCCUGGGCCCGAGGCGGGCAGUGGCUGGCCGAGCUUCCUCAUGUCCUGCCUGAAGGGCCCCCAUGUCAUCCUCAGGAUGGAGGCCAUGAAGAUGGUCCACCCUGAGAAGUUCCCCGAGCUGCAGGCGGCCGCCCCCUGCUUCCCACCUGCACCCCGGCCCACCCCUGCUCUGGCGCCCAAGAGAGCCUGGCCCUCAGACACAGAGAUCAUCGCCAACCAGGCCUGUGGGGGGGACAUGCCUGCCUUGGGAGGGGCGCCCUGCACCCCGCCACUGCCACGUCGGCCCCGCAAGGGCAGCACGGAGCUGGGCUUCCCCCGGGUGGCGCCGGCGGACGAGGUCAUCGUGAAUCAGUAUGUGAUUCGGCCUGGCCCUGCGGCCUCAGGGGCCUCCGCGGCAGCGGCAGCGGCUGCAGGAGAGCCUCUGGAGUGCCCCACCUGCGGGCACACGUACAACGUCACGCAGCGGCGGCCCCGCGUGCUGUCCUGCCUGCACUCUGUGUGUGAGCAGUGCUUGCAGAUUCUCUACGAGUCCUGCCCCAAGUACAAGUUCAUCUCCUGUCCCACCUGCCGCCGCGAGACUGUGCUCUUCACUGACUACGGCCUGGCUGCGCUGGCCGUCAACACGUCCAUCUUGAGCCGCCUGCCACCCGAGGCACUGACCGCUCCGUCCGGUGGCCAGUGGGGGGGCGAGCCUGAGGGCAGCUGCUACCAGACCUUCCGGCAGUACUGCGGGGCCGCGUGCACCUGCCACGUGCGGAACCCGCUGUCUGCCUGCUCCAUCAUGUAGCGCCCGCCCGCCCGCCC